AGACACAGGAUUCACCUUACUGUAAGGUGAAUUCUAAGGCUUGUAUUCCGAUGCAUGCAAAUGUAACUGUGGAAAAGGUUUACUAACACACUGAGUCACCAUGUUCUUGUGAGUCUGAGAAACACGUUUAUGGGUGGUUAGGUUAGCGAGGGAAGGAGGGGACAUUAUACAAGUAAUAUAUACGUUAAGAUCACGUCGAUUUUGUCCUGUAUCAACCAUGCAACUUAUCGAGUCGUACGGAUUCUCAAAUUAUUUGGUUACAGCGAUUGAGUGACCUGAUACAGAACACUACCUAGUGGUAAAGUCCUGGAAAGAUUAAAAUCAAUUAUGGAUAAAAUUGUAAUGUUUUUAGUAAUAUCUUUAUUCUUUAGUCCGAAGACUAAUGGUCGAAGCUGGCAUCAUUCACAUAAAGGACAUUUUGAUAGAGACCAUGGCAUAGUUUUUGAAGAUCAUGGUGAACCGCGCUGGCAUCCUACCGACGAGGUAUUCAAUGAAUGGAAACAUCAUGACCGUUACGAAUCAAACAAUAAACGUCUGAAGAAUUGGAGUCCAGAUCGCGUGUGGUUCCCUGACUUCAUCGAUAACCCUGUUAGUACUUCUACUCCAUCAAAGCUAGUACCUACAACUUUGUCAUCAAGAACUGUCGAAGACUGUAUCAGAGAAUGCCCCACUUCGUUAGAAUACAACCCUGUAUGCGGAACUGAUAAAGUAACCUACCCGAAUUUAGGACGCUUGGAAUGCACCCGCUUGUGUGGAAUAGACGUCAGAAUUCAAAGUAGAUUGCCAUGUUCGUUAGUAUCUGAAGAACUAAGCAAUCCCACAAGUGAGGAUAGUCCUUCAUUCGCUGAAUUACUACGACAAUGUGAAGUUUCAUGUCCUGCCACGUCAGAGUACAAUCCUAUUUGCGGAACUAAUAACGUAACUUACAUUAACCGAGGACGACUUGAAUGCGCCAAAACCUGUGGUGUUGACGUAGAAGUGAAACGAUUAAGUCCCUGCCCGAAACCUGCCGCAACCGAGACCUCGAUCAUAGACGAUAUUUACAAUCCUAGUGAAGAAGGGGAAGAUGUAAGGACGACUACUACAAGCAGUAAUAAAUUUACACAGUCUACUGAAGCAUUGGAUCGACUAAAUUUCACCAUACAACAAGAUAUACUAAAUGACAUUUUUAAUAUACCCACAACCGAUUCUAACGAAAUUGAUAUUGACAUUAGGCAAAACGAAUAACGCUCAUUGUAUUUAGUUUUGAUAGUAAAUUAUUUAACAACAAAAAUACAAAUAUAUUAUAAAUGUACAUACAUG